AUGAACCACACGAAGAUCGUUAAGAGAGCUGAUACCGCCAUUCUGCGUCGCUCUGGUCAGAUCCUAGAGAGGUGGCGAGAGUACUACAAUCACUUGUGUAAUCGAGAGUUCUGCCAUCCUCCCAUCCCAACUGCUCCCAGUGUCGACGAACCUGUUUUACCAAUUACUGCCGUCGAAGUCGGUGCUGCCCUCGCAAAAAUGAAGACGAACAAAGCAACCAGUCUUGAUGACAUAUCUACUGAUGUGUGGAAGCUAAGGACGGACUAUAGACGUUUGGCAAAGUUCUGUGACCGUGUCUAUCUGGAGAAGGAAAGGAGAAUUGCUGACUGUAUUUCGUACAGACCUAUACGACUGCUGUGCCAUACGAUGAAGGUUUUUGAGCGUGUCUUGGAAGCUCGUCUAAGCGUUUCACUCAACCAGUGCGGCUUUGUGAAGGACUGUACCUUUAUAGACGUUACCCAUGCUAUCCGUAUCUUCCUGGAGAAACAUCGAGAGAAGAACCGCAGUGUGCAUCUUGCUUUUCUCGAUCUCAAGAAAGCUUUCGACCGUGUCCCACAUGAGCUGUUAUGGAUGUCCAUGAAGCAGCAUAAAGUACCAGAAGAAUAUGUGCGGUAG